UAUCUGUAAUGUAAUGUAACUGUAAUCAGCUGAUUGAAAGUCCCAGAUUGAAACCAUUGAAACUGUCUUCGAAUAACUUUUUACAGAAUCGCGCCGACACCAAAAAAACAUGUCAACUUCUGUAUCGGAAGAAGAGAAUCUCCGUUGCAGGCUUUGUCUCGCGGAUGAGGUCGAUGAAUUGAUAUCGUUGCACUGCCAGUGUGCCACCCAGGACAAACUUAUCGUGGACAUGAUAACAGAAAUAACCCGCUUCCAUCUCUGCCAAGAAAACGAUGGUUUACCCCAACACAUCUGUGGGCAGUGUCUGGCCAGGCUCAAUACAGCUUGCGCCUAUCAACAGACGUCGCGGGAAUCUGCUGAUCUAUAUUGUACGGAAGCCAAGUUUCCGGAACAGUGCUGCCGAACAUGUCUGCGGGACGAUGUAGAUGAACUGAUUUCGGUGCUUUGCAUUUCCGGUAGUAGCAGGAAGCUUGUUGCUGAUAUGCUCCGCGACGCUUGUGGAGUGGUUCGCCCUGUCGGGAAUGAUGGCUUGCCACAGCACAUAUGCGGGGAGUGUUUCCAAAUGCUCUGCGAUGCAUAUGCGUUCCGAAGUAUGGCUUUGAAAUCAGAUUUCAUUAUGAAAAAAAACUUGAAGGAAGAAGUAGAGCAGGACGAAUUCAUCAUCGAUGAUUAUGUUAAACCCGAGUUGGUUGAAGAAAAUAGCACUGCCCUUGAGGGCGAGUUGUGUUCAGUAUCAAAUCAGAGCACGUCAGGAGUGAGAAAAAGAGUGGACCUGAAAAAUGAAAUCGACCUAAACUGGAUUGCAGAAAGCAAGAGGAUGAAGUUAUCACCAACAGAAGAUGUAGAUCCUUUCAUAUACCUGGAUUCGGCAAACAUCGAUGUGGAACGUUUGGCACCUUUAUUACUCAUUAACGAAGAUACAGAAUAUUACGAUCAGUUGUUGUUCUCCGGAAUUAUUUGUUGUUGCCAAAAGCUAACACCCAACAAUGACGAAUGGGAAAAUCAUUGCAAAUUGGCACAUUCAAUCCAGAAUCAGCCCUCCUCAUCCAAAAUAGAUUGCAAAAUUUGUCAUAAAACAUUCCAACAUGCUCCACAGCUGAAGCAGCAUCUUGAAAACCGCAGCGAAAAUUUAUUUUAUCGGUGCAAAAUUUGUGACGUUAUGACAAAGAAGAAAGAAUCUUUACUACAACAUUUUGAAUUCACUCGUUUUCAUCCACUUCUGCAUAAUUCCGAGCCCGACCGGCUGAUCUUCAAUGAAAAAGUUGAAACAGAAUUCGAAUCUUCAAGCAAAUGCUGUGGUUGCCUCGAACCAUUCGAAUCUGGUGAAGCUCUUCUAGAGCACAUUGAAACCGUUCACUACCCGAAUCGAGACGACCAACCCAAGUUCCAAUGUUUCUCGUGCUACAAAAGCUUUCCAAAUAAUCGAUCGUUGUUCAAACAUCAGCUCACCUUCAAAAUCACCAAAAUCUAUCGGUGCAAAAAACCACAAUGUGAAUUCCAAACCGUUGAUUCCCUUUCCGAAAUCAAGGAACAUGUCGAAACCGAUGUACACCAGUACAAUGCGGUCGAAUUUUUCUGCUGUUUCUACGGAUGCUACGACACAUUUGAAACGGACGAAGCCCUGGAGCAUCAUUGCUUGAACGACCACGCCGAACAGCGUAUAAUGAACGGCACUAUAUUGGCAGAUAUCGAGCAUAACGUUUGUCGACUUUGCAACCGCCAUUUUCCGUCGAGCAGCGCUUAUAAAAAUCACAUUCAGGCACAGUAUGACCGUAAAUAUAUGUGCACUACUUGUGGGCGAAAGUUUCCCUCUCAUAAUGCUGUUCGUAAACACGAGAAGAAAUCGCAUUCAAAUGACGAUCGACCUGUUUUCGCGUGCGAUCGUUGUGGAGCGAACUUUGUCACCAACGGCAAUCUAGUUAUGCACAUUAAAAGAAUUCAUGACGGAGAUCUUCCAGAACUGUGCACCAUUUGCGGCAAACGUUUCGCACAUAAAUGGGCUUUGCGACAACAUGAAAUGAACAAGCACAUGGAGAACAAGCCUCAUAAGUGCCCCGAAUCCGAAUGCUCAAUGUCAUUCGGAAGUAAGAUCCUACUUCAGAGGCACAUUACCACGCACACCAAGGAUCGCCGGUACACGUGCUCGUACUGCGGAUUUACCUAUCGGUACUCGACCGAUAUGAAGCGUCAUAUCAAUGCAAUUCACUUGGACAAAAAACCAUUCAAGUGCAAAGAGUGUGAUGCGCGAUUCAUACGUGAAAGAGACCUGAGGCUGCAUACAAUUCGGCACACCAAGGAGAAGCUCUUCAAAUGCAGUGCAAAGCAAUGUGACUUUGCGACCAACAUCCGUAAGGAUUUGGACGCACACUGGAACGAGCAACAUGAAGAUUCGGACUCGUAAAUUUGAUAAUUUUUGUAACUUUCAAAUGUUUCAAAAAUUUAAUGACGAAAUAAAUAAUACUUACUACAUAAAUUAAAAAAA